AUGGCAAGUGCAGACUGGGGAUAUGGUAGUGAAAAUGGUCCUGACCAAUGGAGCAAGCUGUAUCCCAUUGCCAAUGGAAACAACCAGUCUCCUAUUGACAUUAAAACCAGUGAAGCCAAACAUGACUCCUCUCUGAAACCACUCAGCAUCUCCUAUAAUCCUGCAACUGCCAAAGAAAUUGUUAACGUGGGACAUUCUUUCCAUGUAAUUUUUGAUGACAGUAGCAACCAAUCUGUUCUGAAAGGUGGCCCUCUUGCUGAUAGCUAUCGGCUCACUCAGUUCCAUUUUCACUGGGGCAACUCAAACGACCAUGGCUCUGAGCACACCGUGGAUGGAACCAGAUAUUCUGGAGAGGUAAUGUGAUAUAAUAGUAAGAGCUAGUAUGAGAGUGCCCUAGAAAUAUCUCUGGUAACCACAGAAGCUACUCUCAGAAUGCUUCAAAGGAGAGACCACGCACACUGGGCGUUAUAUGGAUGCCUAAAUCCAUUAAAUCAGACACAGACAGGUGGAAAACGAGCCCCAUUCACAAAUUUUGACCCAUCCAGUCUGCUUCCUUCAUCUCUGGAUUACUGGACCUACUUUGGCUCUCUGACUCACCCUCCUCUUCAUGAAAGUGUGACCUGGGUGAUCUGCAAGGAUAGCAUCAGUCUAAGCCCAGAGCAGCUGGUCCAGCUCCGUGGUCUUCUGUCAAGUGCAGAGGGAGAGCCUGCAGUUCCAGUUCUGAGCAACCACCGCCCACCCCAACCCCUGAAGGGCAGAACAGUCAGAGCCUCAUUUUGAGUCCCAGCAAGGAAUGAGUCCUCAAUUAGGACCUGGCCCCUCUACAGCAGCAUCCAAUAAAGGGAUCAUGUUUAAGAAACAGAAUUAUGUCAGUGCUAAGACAGUAU